UUUCCAACCGCUCUCUUAAAUUCCACCUUACUAUCACAUUCACCGCACUAUAAAGCCGCUCCGCUUCUCCCCGCUUUCCUCCACCACUCAACGCUCAUCAGCCACCGCCCAAUUCGAUCACUCCUCUCUCUCUCUCUCUCUCUCUCUCUCUCUCUCUCACACACACACACACACACACAUACGCAUGGGGAACUGCUUGACUCACCAGUCCCGGAGGAACGCGAGCGGAUCUCCAUGUGCCGUGGCUCCUAGAGACCACGUGGCUGAUGAGCCGGAGAAGGGGCGGCCGCCACAGGCUGCUCAAGCGCCUAAGCAAAGGGAGAAGGCAACCCCUCGCCCCAAGCGCUCGGUUCGUUUCGCGGUUGACGACGGCAAAAAGGACGUCGUAAGAGUGAAGAUGAUGCUGACGAAGAAGGACGCAGCUCGGUUGCUGGCCAUGCUCGCCGGCGAAGACGAGGGCGCACUGGAGCACAUGCUCUGCGAGCUGGGAGGAGAGAAAGGGUGCAGUCGAAGCCCGGCCAGAUCCGACAGGGACUGCUGGAGACCGGCGCUCGAGAGCAUACCAGAGAACUGAUGCUGGGGAUGAGUUGUGAGGUCGAUGGAAACAUGCCACAGCGUGCGCUGUGAAGCUACAGUUCAAUUUAGGUGUCUUCGCUGGACACGUUCGUCCUUUGUAAUUAAAGGUAAUCGAUCAGAGGAUAUACAUGUAGUUCGGUAGUUGUAUGUAAACAGUAUUAACUAAUUGAUUCACAUUAUCUCUGGAAUUACUCCCUCUUUCGUGCGUAUGCGCGCGAGACGAGAGCGAAACG